UUUUACGCUUACACGCAUUUGGAGCGUGGUGGGUGGAGAGGAAUUUUUUGUUUAUUUUCGUGGCUAGCCAUCCAGUAAGCGUGUUGUUAGCUUAUGUAAUUUUUAAUAACUAGGAUAAUUAGGCGAACAGACCAACGAGUGGCCGUUUAGCCGAUGUGAUAUUAUAACAUUUCUCGGGGUAGUUGAUUCGGGCAAUCAUAGAAGCGAGAAUCGAGCUAGCGUGAAGUUCAUUAAGGUCUUGUAGCAUUAGCUGUUAGCGUAUGUGCUAGCAAGCUAACCAGAAUAACAUUAACGCAAGCUAACUUGUUAACGGUAACGCUAAGUAACGUUUCAACAUUUCGGUUGCUAAAGUCGCUCGCUUAUCGUCUUCCUCCACUGGGUGUAACGCUCCUCGGUGAGAAAAUCACAGUUGCUGAGAGGUUUGGCAACAUUGAAUCAACAUUACUUUAACCUUGACACUUCUGCUGGCCAAGACAUACAGGAUACAACUGGAAAGCCUCCCCAAGGUUGAAACCUAAGGAGCAAGAUGUCAAUCACAAACACUCCCACAAGUAAUGAUGCCUGCCUGAGCAUCGUGCAUAGCCUGAUGUGCCAUCGACAGGGAGGAGAGAGUGAAAGCUUUGCCAAGCGAGCUAUUGAGAGUCUUGUCAAGAAGCUGAAGGAGAAGAAGGAUGAGCUGGACUCCCUUAUCACAGCCAUCACUACGAAUGGAGCUCAUCCUAGCAAGUGUGUAACCAUACAGCGAACUUUGGAUGGACGCCUACAGGUUGCAGGGCGUAAAGGUUUCCCCCAUGUUGUCUAUGCCCGGCUGUGGCGAUGGCCUGAUCUACACAAGAAUGAAUUAAAACACGUGAAAUAUUGCCAGUAUGCCUUUGACCUGAAAUGUGACAAUGUUUGUGUUAACCCAUACCACUACGAGAGGGUUGUUUCUCCAGGAAUCGACUUAUCAGGACUGACUCUCUCAAGUUCGGGUCCACUUUUGGUGAAAGAUGAGUAUGACUAUGACAACCAGCAAUCUCACUCAAGCUCUGAAAGCCACCUGCAGACUAUUCAGCAUCCCCCAUCAAGGCCCGGUCCACAGGAGACCUUCAGCAGCCCCUCUUUACUCCCCCCACCGGAGGGCAGCAGUUCAGCUUCAACCUCUGCGUUCUCUACCAUCAGUGCUGGACCUUCAAAUCCUAACCCCAAUUGGAACAGAAACAGCAGCUUCACCCCUGCAGUGCCUCAACAUCAAAACGGGCAUCUACAGCAUCACCCACCCAUGCCUCAUACAGGGCAUUACUGGCCUGUUACCAGUGAAAUUGCUUUUCAGCCCCCCAUAUCCAAUCACCCUGCUCCAGAAUACUGGUGCUCCAUUGCAUACUUUGAGAUGGAUGUCCAGGUCGGGGAGACAUUUAAGGUCCCAUCGACAUGUCCGAUAGUGACUGUGGAUGGCUACGUGGAUCCCUCGGGAGGGGAUCGCUUCUGCUUGGGCCAGCUGAGCAAUGUCCACAGAACAGAGAACAUAGAGAGAGCCAGGCUCCACAUUGGCAAAGGUGUGCAGCUGGAGUGCAAAGGUGAAGGAGAUGUCUGGGUGCGCUGUUUGAGUGAUCAUGCAGUGUUUGUGCAGAGUUAUUACCUUGAUCGCGAGGCUGGACGUGCCCCCGGAGAUGCAGUUCACAAGAUCUACCCCAGUGCUUACAUCAAGGUGUUCGACUUGCGUCAGUGCCACAGGCAGAUGCAGCAGCAGGCCGCGACAGCUCAGGCAGCAGCUGCAGCCCAAGCGGCAGCCGUGGCUGGGAACAUUCCAGGGCCAGGCUCUGUGGGAGGCAUCGCCCCUGCCAUCAGUCUGUCUGCUGCUGCAGGCAUUGGGGUUGAUGACCUGCGCAGGCUGUGCAUCCUGCGGAUGAGCUUCGUGAAGGGCUGGGGGCCUGACUACCCACGGCAAAGCAUCAAAGAGACACCCUGCUGGAUUGAGAUCCAUUUACACCGAGCCCUACAGCUGCUGGAUGAAGUUCUGCACACCAUGCCCAUAGCUGACCCUCAGCCUCUUGACUGAGUUAAAGACAAAAACUGUACAAAAAUAAUAACAGACUGUACUUUUAACAGACCACUUCACCUAUAGGCCGGGAGUGCCGAAGGAGGACUGCAACGACAGGGAUGCCGAGUAGGUUGUAGGAACAAGGACAAAAAGCCUGGCAGUGUAAUCCAACCACAGUGCUGUCUCAUAUCCAGUGUGGCAAGAAGUUGGCAGUAUACUGACUGAGCCUCCACAUUUUCAAGUUCGGUGAGUCUCAAAACUUAACAUUGCUUACCAAUAUACUCACGCGCGGAUAUGAGUUAACGAACAUGUUCACACUGGGAUUAAACAAUGCAAAACGUAUUUAAUUCAUCGAUGUGCCGUACAAAGGAAAUGCAUCACCAUGAGAGUGUGGGGUAUGUAACAAUGAGUGUUGCAUUUACAGUUUUGUGGGGAAAACUAUUGGACUUUAAGCCACUUAAGCUGAGCACAGUGUCUGAACACAUUAAAUGUGAUCUCAGUUGGAGUAUACUGCCAGUCCAGUCCUCCUUCAUUGGCUUCCCAGUGCUUCUGUGGCUUCAUGUAAGCCACAGAAGCACUGCUCCCCCCUCCCCCCACCCCACAGAUGACAUUUGUGUAAAAUCAUGUUAUACAUUACUCAUGUUUUUUGUAAAAUGCAGUCUUAAAUAUAUUUCAAUGCUGACAGUCCUUGUUUAAUGUUUUUUGGUUUAUAUUCCCCUUUUGAAUAGUUGUUUUUAAUUGACAUAAAGAGCAUCUGAAAAGCCCAUUUUAGCUGACUCUAGCUUCAUCAACACCUUAACACUGUUCCAUUAUUCCACCAGCAGUCAAGGCUGAGGUUUUCUAUUGAGAUUUUUCAAACCCAAUGUUUCAUUGUAAUGAUAAAAUAUUUUCGAAAGGUUAUUACAUCAAAUCUCUGUAAUAUUAUUUGCAGUUGUCUUUCUUUUGAUUAGGUGCCCACAUAGUAUCCAUUAGCACUUUAUUGAUUUGCUUAAGUAUUUUGUCUUGUUUCAUAGUAUGUGUGGCUACUUGUAUCCAUAUGAUCAGUUAGUAUAGUUGAAAAGUUUUUCUUGCUAAUGACCUUGGUGGGAUCCAUGAAAAAUGUUCUUCGGAGUGUUUGCCCUAUAUUGACGUUUUCAGUAUCAAACACAAUAGGUUUGAAAGGUAGGUUUCACUCUAUUCUGGCCAAACGAUGACUGUUUGGAACAUGUUGAGUAUGAUUCAUGAGAUUACAGUUAACCUUUAAAUCACCACCUUUUAAGCGGUGAAUCUUUGAUACUCAAAAGACAGAUGUUUGGUUAGGGCAUCUUUUUAAGAUGGCUUACCGUCACUUGUUUUAAUUUAAAUAUUACUUGGAUGACACAUAAUGUAAUGUAUUCCAGACAACAGCUGAGUAAAGGAGGCGGGGAAUGAACUGUGAGAGGAAGUUUAAGCCAUACUGAUGCCAAAUAUACCCUAUGAAAAGUAAAAACGGUUAUGGUACUGCAGUCAUUUCAGUGUUAUGUCGCUUAUAAAUGGCUGGUUUUAAUUAUCAAGGAAAUGAUUUUUGUUUUUGCUCAGCACUAUUGAUCAAACAAUAUUUUGGUAUUUGGAGCUCCGUUUACUUAAAACUGUUGCAAUAUUUUGUACUCUUUUGCUACCUUUACAGUGAUGAACCACUCUGGUCAUAAUUGAGAAUGCUAAAAAAAAAAAAAAAAAAAAAAAUGCUGUAAAAUUUUGAGGAAAUGCAAGCUCAUACUCAUCUUGAAUCUUUGCAGUUGUGUCAUACAUUCUAUGGAAUUUGAAUGAUAUUGGUGUUUAUAUGUAUGAAUAUGGUUAAAUAAAAUUUAAUGGGCUAACA